GAGCUCCCACCUUUAGCAUCACCGGACGCUGGCGUCUACGCAAAUUGGGUCUUCUUUCUCCGUUCCUGGGCAGUAACCACCUACAUCGGUGGAUCUCAACAAUUGGAUGUGGUUCAUUCCCAAAUGUCCCUCACAUUUGUGUAUCCGGUCUACAUUUACGGGUUUGUGAGUCUCACGGGCAUCACGCAAGGGAUCUUCGUGCUAACGCUGCCGAUCAUCAGACUUGUCGCCAAGAACCGGAUCAGCCGCAGACUUACCACUCACAAUGACAUGAAGCCUGAGGCUGUCAUCUUCACAGUAGAAGUGUUUAAUGCGCUGUACGUCUCAAACGCUGUGCAGCUGACACCAUCGUGGUCUUUGACUGGGACGGUGAUGAUUCUGGACGUGGCAUUAUUUUUCUCCUCGCUGCUAGAUAUCGUAGCACUGCUCAAGGACGUGAACAUCCUGAUGAAUAAAAUCCCACCGGGACACCCCAUGGCAAACGAUAACUUUCUUCAAAUUGCGAUGAGGAUCCUCGCUAUCGACGGUACAUGGAGGGAAGCCAAGUAUCGAAGAAUUACGCGAGGGAGUAUCGAGAAUGGUGAGCCGCCAAACAAUUGUUCCGCUCUAAGUGAGAAAGCACCGGACAGCGCUCGUGCCCCCAUUCACUUGGGAACAGUCAUUGUAGACAGCAGCAGGACUCAAAGCGCAGCUGAAAAGCCCGAGUUCCAGUCAUUCAACCAGUUCAGGGUGGAUAUUACUGCCAUCUUUUCUCUUUCUGAAAGAGCAGCCUUUAUUGACAAAGCCACACAUGUGCUCUUCAUUACGGAAUACCUAGUGCUGAUGGAGUAUACGGAAGUGAUGAUACCAGUCAUUUACUGUUUGCAUGACGUGGCGCUAUUUUUCAUGCCCAACAGCACCUACUAUCCUGCGCUGAAGAAUUUAUCAAGCGCCGAUCUUUUGUCGUCAAUCCAGAAUGUGUUGGUCUACGCUCUACUCGAGCUUGUGUCUCUGAUCGUGUUCGUCAUCGUAUUAAAGCAUGCCGUGGGGUUCUCGCCGCUGCAGCAGCUCGCAUUCGUGUUGGAGACGCAGGCUGAGAAACUUCAAAACAAACUGACGGUCACGUUCCUCUACGCGAUGCAGAUUUCGUUCCUGCAUCUGGGUGCUGACUUCAGCUUCAAAUUCGCGUGGUUGCACUCGUCCAAACCAAGCUCAUGCUGA